AUGCCAGGCCCCAUCCUCCCAUCCGAGAAAGCGGGUGAGGGCGACCACUGCCCCCGGGCCCCUCGGGAGGGUCAGGGAAUUGUCUUCGAGGUGCAGAGAGAGAGGGCAGGCCCCAGUGUGUGGCCCACCACGCCCAGAUGGCAAAGCCUCUGGGGACGUGAGACCGUCCCGCGUCCCUCUCAGCCAAGUGACCAUGGGAAAGGCUUCCAAGGCCCCAGGCAACAAGACAGCAGGGCUCAAGGGACCCAGAGGGACCUGCUGCUCAGCUGGGGAUCGGAGCUCGACAGUCAGACCCUAAGGCCCAGGGGGCACCUGCAGAGCAGUCAGCUGCCCCAUGGGGUGGGAGGGCCAGGGGAAGCGGGAUCCCAGGCAGGACCCUCAGGGAGACACCCACCGCAGACCCCCACAGAUGACGGGCCUUCUGCAUCCUCAGGAGCAGUAACAUAG